CGGGGUAAACAACUUAGGGAAAUGGAGGGGAAAGUAUUUCUUCGAAAUUGUGACGUAUAUGAUAGGAGACUCAUUAUCCAGCACAGUGAAAAAUUGUGCAUGGUGGCGAAAAGUAUUUGUAGAUAGUUGGUAGUUAUAUCGUGGCAUAAGAAAACAGCCGCCAGUGUACAAUGAUUGAGUUUAACGUAAUUGUUGAAGAAGGACGUAAACUAAGUUGACAGUAGUGCUUGACUAGCCCUAUGUUGAUGUCACUAAUUUAAAAACCAACACGUCGUACCAUAGCUUGAAAAUUACAACGCCUGAAAGAUGCCAAGCUAUCAGUGCAGGACACCAUACAGUUGGUCCUGCAAAGCCACGUAAUAUAAAAUCACGGUUACAACCAUGAGCUCUUCCAGUCUGCCUUUGAGAGCAUCAGAGGAUGCCAAUACGGCUUCUGACAGCAGUGUCUCUCCUACGUCUGCUACAGACGGGGACAAUGUAUCUGAUGUGCCGCUGCUUUCAAACCUCCAACUGAAUAACACGAGUCAUUUGGAAGGAGACAGUCCAUUACAAGCAGGCAGUAGCACUUCAAACCUGGACAAAAGGGGCACCACUAUCGAUGACCUCCCAGAUGAACUUAUGGUAGAGAUCUUCUCGUACAUGAGCUUCAGGGAAAACAUUGAAGUUUUACAGAAGGUGUGCACUCGCUGGAAAAUUCUGGCCCAGGAUGCUCACUUGUGGCUUAACAAGAAGUAUGUUGUCAGAUGGGAAACGAGUGAAGAGGAGGCCAUCGCGACAUUUGACGCUGUGCCACAGCUGCGGACUGUGAUAAUGGAGAAGAAUGUUUCGCACAGAGUCUUCGAAACUCUGUCCAGGAGCUGCCCGCACCUCACCACUCUGCAGACGAGUCCGUGGCAGAUGCUGACAUACGCGGAAGCAGACAACCUCUUCACCAGGUGUAAAGAGAUCAGCACGCUGGCCGUUACCGAAAGGGGUCUCCGCGAGGACGUGAGGUUCCUGGAGGCCGUGGCACGACUGACAGACCUGCGAGUGCUGCACCUGUACGGAUUUGUAGACACAAAGAUGGCGAUACCUCUGCACAUUUUAGCUGACGUCUGCCCCCAUUUGUGCGACUUGAAUUUGGACGGCAUUUGCUACCAGAUUCGAGAUGCCGAGUAUUUUGUCAGUUCCCACAGAUGCGUGCUGGAGCGCCUGCGUAUGAGGUGGACGUCUGUCGAAGGAAGGAGUAUUGCCCCGCUGCUGCCCACCUGUGCUGAGACGCUGCAGCAACUCGAGCUGACCUUUUACGAGAAUGUGAGCCUCGAGGAGGCCGCAGAAGCGUUCACCGCCCUGGGGCAGCUCCGCAACCUGCGGCAGCUCCUCCUCAUUGUCACCGACUGGAAUGUCCGACACUUGGUUCCUGCAGUGUUUGAGAAUGGAGGAUUUCCAAAACUGCAGCAGCUUCAGCUCGCUUGCAUCGUGGCGGACGAGACGAUGCGCGGCGUGGUGGAGCACUGCCCAGAGCUGCGGGAACUCGAACUGCACGGUUGCCAGGGACAUACGGAUGCUCUUUUCGAGACACUCCGCCGACUCAAAAAGCUGGAAAUAUUAAAAAUUAAUUAUUGUACAUGCCUUGGUGGAAGAAGCAUGUCAUACAUUGCUAAGCUGACUACAUUGCACACCUUGGAGUUCACCUGCACUAAAUUUGGAAAGUUAAAACCCAGUGUGGACUGCAUCCUCGAAAUGUCAGGGCUGCGCCGGCUUUACCUCCACGAGUGUAUCUGCUGGGCCAUACCAUUUGACAAGUUUCCUGGCAGACUGGUGAACCUCAGAGAGCUGGAAUUUGGUUACUGUGACGGAGACCAAGAUGUCCUGGACAGAAUGGCUGCCCAGAUGCCAGACCUGAAGGUGGACGGCUGCCUUGGCGCACUUUUCACAGAUCAAGAGGAUGACGACUAG